GACUCUGUUGUUAUUACUGCCUUGAUCGAAGUUCUAAUUUCUUUGAAUACCCACGAUUUAACUGUUGCACAACAAAGAAUAUUAAAAGAGGAAUUAGAACGGUCGGUUCAUAAGUAUCGAAGACACCAAGAUCUUUCGUCGUUGCCAGUUGAUAGUAGUGUAGCCCGCCUUACUGAGUAUAUCGAAAAGGCUUAUGAAGUGGCCGUAAUGAUGGUAAAAUCAGGAUCUUUGAUAAUAACUGUGCAGUGCCUCACUCUGGAGAGUCUUGAAAGUCUGUGGAAUGAUUACUGUUCUGGUUACCUUAAUGACAUCGUUGAAAGGUUCCUAGUGACUGAUGAACUCAAGAGAAAGCUCGGGAUGGACAAUGUCAGGUUGAAGACAACUAUAGAAGAAGAAAACUACUUGAUUUGUAAGAAAUCUUUCUUUGAAAACUCAGGU